CCAAACAAGACCCAUAAAUAAACCACACACAGAUCCAUCUUCUUCACAGUCAAUUAACACUCGCUCGUUUUACCUUCAAGAAAUUCUCAAAUCACACUUUGAAAUCACCAGAUGUCAGGACGUGGAAAAGGUGGAAAGGGUUUGGGAAAGGGAGGAGCAAAACGACACCGUAAGGUUCUCCGGGAUAACAUUCAGGGUAUUACGAAGCCAGCUAUUCGUCGUCUUGCUCGCAGAGGAGGAGUGAAGCGUAUCAGUGGUUUGAUCUAUGAAGAAACUCGCGGUGUUCUGAAGAUAUUUUUGGAGAAUGUGAUUCGUGAUGCUGUUACUUACACUGAGCAUGCUAGGAGGAAGACUGUUACAGCUAUGGAUGUUGUUUAUGCUCUUAAGAGACAAGGAAGAACACUCUACGGAUUUGGGGGUUAGGGUUAGGGUUUCAUUUUCGAUCUUUUGCUGUUGGUUGUUAUAACUGUUUAUUAAUAUGGGAUUGAAAUAUUACAUCAGUAUGUUAGAUAUGAUUUUAAUUUCAACAAUUAUGUAAUCAGUUCAUUAUAAUGCUAAUGUUACAACCUUCUUGCUCAA